AAGAUACGAAUUUUCGAAAAAAAAAAUUCGUGGAAAAAAUAACUGAACUGAAUCGACAUCGAACGAUCGAUUGUCUUGAAGUCACUGUUGACUAUAAGACCAAUCCCCUUCUCUGAAUCACAUGUUUCAUUCUCUUCACAUUCUCUCUCGUUCCAAACAAGUCUUACUUUAACAACAACCUAAUCUUUUACUCUUUCAUUCUCCAUUUCCUUCAUUUACAUCAAAAAAAAUUCUUGUUUCUCUCUUAACUUCAUACGAUAACUUAUGGGAUUUUCCGGCAAGACUUACCACCAGUUUGACAGAAAAUUUAGCGAAACUACCGAAGGGAAGAAAUGCGUCAUCACCGGAAUCUCCUUACAUUCUACGGUGAAGCCGAUUAGCCUCUCUUCCUCUGCCGUAUCCAACACGGAAGACGAAGAUCUCUGUCCAACGACUCCAACAGCGGAUUCCGUUAGAAUACCGACGGUAAUUCCGUGUCCUCCGGCGCCUAAGAAACGGAAACUGACAUUGAAGGUUAGCUACGGCCCUAGAGAGUUCUUUUCGCCACCAGAUCUCGAGACCGUCUUCAUAUACAGAACUACUUGAUUUUGAAUUUUUGAUUAAUUAUAUAUAGAGAUCACUUAUAUAUAAUCUCUACUCUCUCUAACCUGUUUUGGUUUACUUCAAAAAAAUAGUUUCUUAAAUUUCUAAAUGAGUUCUUCCUUACUUUAGCUUCUUUAUUCUGAAGUGUCUUAACAUUAAAAUGGUUGUCAAAAAAAGAUACAAUUACUAAGUAUCUAUCUUUUAGUUUUUGUUUCUUAUUUUUUAUUUUCUUUUGAUUUUACCAUAAGCUAUUAUUCUAUUUUUUCCAACAAAUUGUAAGUACUCGUCCCUGUUCCAAGAUAAUAUCUAAAUCGUUGAAAACUGUAAGAUGGUUAAAAGAAACUUUGUUUACUUUA